AUGCAGACGGAACACCUGGUCAACAUUAUUAUUCUUGGAGCUCCGGCCUCUGGGAAGAAGAGCUUCAUACGGAGAUAUUGUCAAGAUGUCUUCACAGAUUUGUAUGAUCCCAUUACCGAAACAUCCGGGGACCGGCGUCUGGCGAACAUCUCUGGCAUCCCGACCAUCAUCAACCUUGAGCGCAUCCCAUCAACAUUUAUUCAAUCUGCUCCCGAAUCCCGCCGCAUAGCAACGGAAGCGGACGCUCUAAUUCUGCUAUACGACGGCUCCUCCAUCGAGAGCCUGGAAGAGCUUCUGCGCAUACGGCUCCAAGUACUGGCUCCGCACCUAGGAGAAGCGGCGCCACCCACGGCCGUGGUUGCUGGCAAGGCCGACGGCGCGGAGGCCGCGGGGAGCGUAUGGGAGCGGGGGUUAGGAGAGGGGAGGAAACUGUCGGUGUUGCUAGGGGCUAAGUUUGGGGUUGUGUCGGCACUUUGGGGAGAUGGGGUCAAGGACGUAGUGGAGGAGCUGGCGGCGAGGGUCUUGGAAAGGAAGGGACUCGAAAAAGACAUGUUGAUGGGAGCAGGAUCAUAG